AUGGCUGAGAAGGUUGGACCAGCAGGGCUCAAGCCCACCAACACCCGGACCACUCCCUCCCUGCCCCCGGAGCCCAUCGAAAUCAUCCGCACCAAAGCCCGCUCCCGUAGAGUCCGCCUUAACGUUGGGGGUCUGAACCACGAGGUCCUCUGGCGGACCCUGGACAGGCUACCCAGGACCCGGCUCGGCAAGCUUCGAGACUGCAACACCCAUGAGUCCCUGAUGGAAGUGUGCGACGACUACAGCCUGAACGAAAAUGAAUACUUCUUCGACCGGCACCCGGGGGCCUUCACCUCCAUUCUGAACUUUUACCGCACGGGCAAACUACACAUGAUGGAGGAGAUGUGUGCUCUUUCUUUUGGCCAGGAGUUGGACUACUGGGGGAUUGACGAGAUCUACCUGGAGUCCUGCUGCCAGGCCCGCUACCACCAGAAAAAAGAGCAGAUGAAUGAGGAGCUGCGGAGGGAGGCAGAGACAAUGAGGGAGAGAGAGGGUGAGAUAGAGUUUGACAACACCUGCUGCCCAGACAAGAGGAAGAAGCUGUGGGAUCUCCUGGAGAAGCCCGGCUCCUCGGUGGCUGCCAAGAUUCUAGCCAUCAUCUCGAUCCUGUUCAUCGUCCUCUCCACUAUCGCUCUGUCUCUCAACACCUUACCAGAGCUCCAGGUCACAGAUGAGUUUGGCCAGGCCAACGAUAACCCCCAGCUGGCCCACGUGGAGGCCGUGUGUAUCGCCUGGUUUACCAUGGAAUACCUCCUUCGCUUCCUCUCCUCACCCAACAAGUGGAAGUUCUUUAAAGGCCCGCUGAAUGUCAUUGACUUGCUGGCCAUCUUGCCCUACUAUGUCACAAUCUUCCUAACUGAGUCCAACAAGAGCGUGCUGCAGUUCCAAAAUGUGCGCCGUGUGGUGCAGAUAUUCAGGAUCAUGAGAAUAUUGAGGAUCCUGAAGUUGGCCCGGCACUCCACAGGGCUCCAGUCUCUAGGGUUUACUUUGAGAAGGAGCUACAAUGAACUGGGGCUGCUCAUUUUAUUUCUUGCCAUGGGCAUCAUGAUAUUUUCCAGCUUGGUCUUCUUUGCUGAGAAAGAUGAAGAUGCCACCAAAUUCACCAGUAUCCCCGCCUCAUUCUGGUGGGCAACCAUUACAAUGACUACAGUGGGUUAUGGUGACAUUUACCCACAGACUUUACUUGGAAAAAUUGUGGGUGGGCUCUGCUGCAUUGCAGGGGUGCUGGUAAUUGCCCUACCCAUCCCCAUUAUUGUCAACAACUUCUCUGAGUUCUACAAGGAGCAGAAGAGGCAGGAGAAGGCCAUCAAGAGGAGGGAGGCUUUGGAGAGAGCCAAGAGGAAUGGAAGCAUUGUGUCAAUGAACUUAAAGGAUGCCUUUGCCCGCAGUAUGGAACUGAUGGAUGUGGUGGUGGAGAAAGGAGAGGAAAAGACCUCUAUGGACAACCACCUGUCGCCUAGCCGAUGGGGCAGCUCAACCAGGCACGCUUCCUCAGAGACUGACCUGAAAUCUCCAGUUAAAAGAGACCCUGAGCCGCAAAGCUCCCCUCGUAUAACCAUCAACACCACUGGAAGUCCCCAGCGGACAAACAGGACCCCACAGCACCUUAACGCGCAGAAACUGGAGGACAUGUACAACCAGAUGACCAGGUCACAGUCCUUCACCAACCUCAACACUACAAGCUCCAUGAGCACUCUGAGCACAACAAUGACCGCCCCUGUUUCACCUAAGAAAUCUCAAAGCCCUGAAUUUACAUUAAAAGAAGAAGUAGAGCUGGAGAUGAAGGAGGUCCAACCCCCCUUUCCAGAUAACUUUGCGGGCUGCUCAGACUUUAAAGAACAAGACUGUAACUCAGAUGAGGAAGAUGCUGGGCCCUGUACAAUCAGACACCCCAGGGCCCCACCCUUUCUCGAUUUAAGCCAACUGAGGGCCAUUGAUGACCCCGGCUCUCCUGGCGUCAUACUCAAAGAUGGCCUCUACGAAUCCGUCAACCCAGGUGACCACGUAGAGGACGGGGAGAGCUUCAACAGUGCUGUGGAGAAUAUCCAGAGCUCUCCAAGAGGGAAUAACCCUCUUAAAGUAAAGGAGUUGAAGGUGAACUUCACCAAGACCUCUGCUGAAGGCCCGCUAACACCGCCCAGCACUACCUCUCCUGGAGACAUCAGCUCCAGCAUCCUGGAAGACGAGACCCCAGAGGGAGAGAUGUCCCCGCUCAUCCCGAGUACAGAGGAGCUGCUCCCAGUCACAGAGGAGGAGACCUGCCCGUUGUCCCCUGAGAGGCUGGUGGUAGACACCCCACCUGGCGAUGAAGAUCAAGCCACGGAGAACCACAAGGAGAAGCAUCUGAUGGAAGUGGCGGGAGCUGCAGUUGCACCAUUGUCUCCUAAGACAGCAGCACAAAAUUGCACCCAAGCUGUGGUCGGGGCAGGCGGGGAAACCAAUGCUGACAGCAACCAAAGUGGACACAAAGUAGAGAACCACAUGUUUACAUCCGAUAUCCACCUGAUACCCGGGGAUGGGAGCCUCUCUCCGACCUGUGAAACCAGCAUGUGA